AUGAGUCAGAAGAUGCUCACGGGUUUCUGGAUAAGUGCCAACGUAUGCUUCAGACAGCGGAUAGAAGUGGUCUGUAUCCAGGAGUGUGGUGAGAAGGAGGCCAAGAGGCCUCGAGGUUCGGGCGGUUCUGGUGGGGUACCUUCUGGAGGGAAGUCCUACCGCAUCAGGGGUCACCAUUACAGGCAUGCUCAGACGGGUCGUCCAUGCCCUGCCAGCCAGAGUACGCCCCGUGCUCCUUUAGUUCAGGGAUCAUUUGUACAAGGUUCUUCUGGUAGUUAUUCUGGUUCUCGAGGCCCGCCUCAGAACUCGUCACCAUUUUUCGAGAGGGAUUGCUAUGAGUGUGAAAAGUUGGGUCAUGUGAGGAAAUAUUGCCCCCGCCUUUCGCGAGGUCCAGUUCAGUAG